UCGAAUUCAAUUAUUAAAGAGAAUAAUAUUGCAUAUUUUCGGUGAGUUAUGGUCUAUUUAACUAGUUAAGUUCCUAGCUACCUAUCAUAUCUUAUUGUGAAGUAUCCUAUUCUCUGACAAAUCCCGUUUUCAACAAACCUAGCUAUCUAGCCAGCAAGCUAACGUUAGCUAGCAAAGUGCAGUCAUUUAGUUCGCAAACUACAAUACCAGUUUACUUAUUAUUUUUUGCUUAGUUGAGUCUGAUGUCCAAGCUGUGGACUUGUAUUUUCAAAUCGUUAUGGCAGCUAGCUAGCUAGCUUACAAUCUGAGCAAAUGAACUCAUAUCUCUGUUUACAUCUAUUGAAAGGGAACUCAGCUCAGCUGCUGUUGCUGGUCUGAGUGUCAUUCAAGAAGUUUGACAGCCCUCGAGUUGGAAUUGACUGGUACAUUCUGACCAAAUCAGAGUGGUCUGAAUUGACUGGAUGCGGCAUGCUGUUUCAGUUCAGUUACAUUCUAACCAAUGAGCGCUAAGACAUUCACCAUAUAUUUUCUAUCCAUUUCCCCCUUCUCAAUUAUCUCAGGUACAGAAGAAGACAACAGCCUAGGCUAGAUCCGUUUUCAACCCUGGAAUCAAACUCAUCCAGUCACCCGCAUUCAUGGAGAACACAAAAGAAGCGGGUAAGAACAAAGAGAGGAAAAGAGAGAAUUUAGACUAAGAAGGUGUGCAUGAAUUAUAGUCUGAGCCAGCUGGAACCAUUUUUGAUUAGAAGCAUAGUCAUGCCUCAUCAGAUUCAGAAUGUCUCUGGAUUUACACUCACACUCUUACUAUUUCCUCUGCACCACUUCCUCUCUCUUCCCUUCCUCUCUCUCCUCCCUUGUCCUCUCUCUCCUACCUCCUCUCUCUCCUUCCUCCUCUCUCUUCCCUCCUCCUCUCUCACCUCCCUUCCUCCUCUCUCCUCCCUCCUCCUCUCUCUCUUGUCCCUCAGCCCCGUCCCCGGUCAUGUGUGAGGUGUGCGGGACCUACUUCGAGACGCGGCGGGGUCUCUCCAGUCACGCCCGACUCCACCUCCGUCAGCUCGGCGUGGCUGUCUCGGACAACAGCGGAGCUCCAAUCGACUUGCUCUACCAGCUGAUUCAGGACAGGGACGGUUCCAUGCAUCCACUCAAACCCAUCUACUCUUCACCCAAAAAAUCCAAGGGGUCAGGGACGCUCAUCUCCCAGAAGGAGUCCCCUCUAGGGGGUAGGGUCAAAGUAAUGACGACCCCACAGAAUAAUAUAUCCCAGGUAGCCCCGGGCCCCACAGCUCGUAAAGGAACAGUUUUGGCCAAGCCUCUGCAGUCUUCCAUGUCGUCGUUCCCAACAGCAGGCAAGACGCCAUCGCCCUCAGGGGGAGCGAGCCUGGCCUCGGCCAAGCCUGCCUGGGCACCGCAGGAGACGGAUGCCCCUCUCACCCUAGGUAAGUCUCAGCUUGGGUGUUUUAGAUUGGAGUAGAUAUUUGAAGUGUUUCGUUAUUAGAUGUGUGUCAUCAGGAAGUCACAUAGUAGGCCUAUUAUGUGUGGAAUUGAACGUUGUACCAUUACAUAUAGAUAGACAUUUCUGUUCUUAUGUAAUGACAUUAUUAACUUCAAGUAGAACGUGGCACAUUCUAACACCAGUCUCUGGCUCCUCCCCUGCCUCGACAGCGAUGGACACCAAUGACGAGGUGCAUGUGUGCCAAUUGUGCGGUGCCUGGUAUGAGUCCCGCAAAGGCCUGGCCAGUCACUGCCGGGCCCACUUGCGCCAGUUCGGCAUCACCGAGAACACCGAGACGAAAGGAGGACCAAUAGAAUUCCUCUACCAGAUCAUGGAAGCGGAAGACCUCCAACCUAUAGCAAGUGAAGGUCUCAACGUCUAUAACCCAUCUAUGUCUUCUAACUCUAACAAACGGCCCUCCGGCUCUGGUUCGUCCACCUCGCCUGCUAGACAUAAAGGAUCCCCCCCCUCCUCCCUUCACCAGCCUCCCUCCAGCAAACGGCCCAAGCCCUCCGCAUCAGAAGGAACCGCUCCGCAGGAUCAUAGGCUCAGCAAGGGUGAGUUUCAAGUUAUUUUUGAAGGGGCAUUCUGCGAUUGGUACAUCCAUUUAGUUGAAGUCAUAUUUUAAGUCCAAUUAAUUCAUUUUAGUUUAAGUCAUUUUAAAGGGAUGUCACAACACAAUUCAAAGAACAGAAAAAGAAAGGUAAAUGAUAAAACCUCAAGUGAUUUAAUAAAAAACAUAUAAUUUGAAAUACAGGUGAGUUCACCUGCGUGUUGUGUGGCGAGGAGUUUGAGAACCGUAAAGGCCUAGCGAGCCACUCCCGCUCUCACCUGCGCCAGCUCGGCGUCACCGACCUCCUGGGCAAGGCAUCGGCCAUCGACACGGUCCAGCAGCUGGUCAGCAGCGGUGUGCUGGCGGCCGCCGCAUCGGCACAACCCAGUAACAACACCACCACCACCAAGACCCCGUCUCAGUCUCCAGCUAGAUCCCCAGCUAACGCCCACCUCAGCCCCUUGGCCUCCAGCCACAACCCCAGGCCCAAGGCCAAGAAGGGCUCCACCCUGGUCUAUCCCAAGCCGGAACCCCUGGAGAUGGAGAUGGAUGUGGGGUUCUCCAGUCCGCUUGGGGGGUACAGCAGCAGUAAUGGAUCUCAGGGUUCUCAGAAGUGGCCCAACUCUGCUGGAAAUGGCCAGUCCUUCAACUCAGGUAAGAUGUGGGUCCUAUCUUUUUGACCAAGUGGUAUAAAUUCUGUGGUUUCUAAUUUGUUUGUCAAAUUCCCUCUUCUAUUUGUGUUUUUCUGUUUUACCAUUAUAUAACUGCACUCAUAGACCAUUGACCAUCCAUUCAGUCAAAGCAGCAUAGCUAAAUGCAGUGACAUGUCAAGUGAAUGGCGCCGGAGGAGGUGGCUGCCGUUUUACGUGCUCCUAACCAAUUGUGCUAUUUUGUGUGUUUUUUCGCGUUGUACAUAAUGUUUCUGCCACCGUCUCUUAUGACCGAAAGUAGCUUCUGGAUAUCAGAAAAGAGAUUACUCGCCUCAAACUGGACGAAGAUGUUUUCUUUAACGAGUCGGACGCGAAGGAUUUACUCCAGAUACGCGACCAGGUCCAAAUCCCUGUCAUUCGUAUGAAGAAAAGACACUGACACAGGGGACGCAGGUCCGGAUGCCUUGUGAGAAUUUGUCAGUGAGUGGGUAACCCGCCUCUACCAUCCGUCCUUUUGGCCAAAGUGCAAUCAUUGGAGAAUAAACUGGAUGAGCUCCGUUCAAGAAUAUCCUACCAACGGGACAUUAAAAACUGUAAUAUCUUAUGUUUCACAAGUCGUGGCUGAACGAUGACAUGGAUAAUAUACAGUUGGUUGGUUUUUCCAUGCAUCGGUAAGACAGAACCGCUGCCUCCGGUAAGACAAGGGGUGGCGGUCUGUGUCUAUUUGUCAAUAACAGCUGGUGCACGAAAUCAAAUAUUAAGGAAGUCUCAAGGUUUUGCUCGCCUGAGGUAGAGUAUCUCAUGAUAAGCUGAAGACCACACUAUUUACCAAGAGAGUUUUCAUCUAUAUUUUUUGUAGCUGUCUAUUUACCACCACAACCCGAUGCUGGCACUAAGACCGCACUCAACAAGCUGUAUAAAGCCAUAAGCAAACAAGAAAAUGCUCAUCCAGAGGCGGCGCUCCUAGUGGCCGGGGACUUAAUGCAGGGAAACUUACAUCCGUUUUACCUAAUUUCUACCAGCAUGGGAAAAAAAGCUCUAGACCACCUUUACUCCACACACAGAGACGCGUACAAAGCUCGCCCUCCAUUUGGCAAAUCUGACCAUAACUCUAUCCUCCUGAUUCCUGCUUACAAGCAAAAACUAAAGCAGGAAGUACCAGUGACUCGCUCAAUACGGAAGUGGUCAGAUGACGCAGAUGCUAAGCUACAGGACUGUUUUGCUAGCACAGACUGGAAUAUGUUCCGGGACUCAUCCGAUGGUAUUGAGGAGUAUACAACAUCAGUCACCAGCUUCAUCAAUAAGUGCAUCGAUGACGUUGUCCCCACAGUAACCGUACGCAUAUACCCCAACCAGAAGCCAUGGAUUACAGGCGACAUCAGCACUUAGCUAAAUGGUAGAGCUGCCACUUUCAAGAAGCGGGACUUUAACCCGGACGCUUAUAAGAACUCCUGCAAUACCCUCAGACGAACCAUCAAACAGGCAAAGCGUAAAUACAGGACUAAGAUUGAAUCCUACUACACCGGCUCCGACGCUCGUCGGAUGUGGCAGGGCUUGCAAACUAUUACGGACUACAACGGGAAGCAUGGCCGCGAGCUGCCCAUUGACACAAGCCUACCAAACGAGCUAAAUUACUUCUAUGCACGCUUCAAGGCAAGCAACACAGAAGUAUGCAUGAGAGCACCAGCUUUUCCGGACGACUGUGUGAUCACGUUCGCCGAUGUGAGUAAGACCUUGAAACAGGUCAACAUUCACAAGGCCGUAGGGCCAGACGGAUUACCAGGACGUGUACUCCGAGCAUGCGCUGACCAACUGGCAAGUGUCUUCACUGACAUUUUCAACCUGUCCCUGGCCGAGUUUGUAAUACCAACAUGUUUCAUGCAGACCACCAUAGUCUGUGUGCCCAAGAACACCAAGGUAACCUGCCUAAAUGACUACCGAUCCGUAGCCCUCACGUCUGUAGCCAUGAAGUGCUUUGAAAGGCUGGUCAUGGCUGACAUCAACACCAUCAUCCCAGAAACCCUAUACCAACUCCAAUUUGCAUACCACCCCAACAGAUCCACAGAUUACGCAAUCUAUUGCACUCAACACUGCCCCUUCCCACCUGGACAAGAGGAACACCUACAUGAGAAUGCUGUUCAUUGACUACAGCUCAGCGUUCAACACCAUAGUGCCCUCAAAGCUCAUCACUAAGCUAAGGACCCUGGGACUAAACACCUCCCUCUGCAACUGGAUCCUGGACUUCCUGACGGGCCGCCCCCAGGUGGUAAGGGUAGGCAACAACACAUCUGCCACGCUGAUCCUCAACACGGGGGCCCCUCAGGGGUGCGUGCUUAGUCCCCUCCUGUACCCCCUGUUCACCCAUGACUGUGUGGCCAAGCACGACUCCAACAUCAUCAUUAAGUUUGCUGACGACACUGCUGUGGUAGGCCUGAUCACCGACAACGAUGAGACAGCCUAUAGGGAGGAGGUCAGAGACCUGGCAGUGUGGUGCCAGGACAACAACCUCUCCCGCAACGUGAUCAAGACAAAGGAGAUGAUCGUGGACUACAGGAAAAAGAAGAGGACCGAGCACGCCCUCAUUCUCAUCGACGGGGCUGUAGUGGAGCAGGUCGAGAGUUAAGUUCCUUGGUGUCCACAUCACCAACAAACUAUCAUGGUCCAAACACACCAAGACAGUUGUGAAGAGGGCACGACAAGGCCUAUUACCCCUCAGGAGACUGAAAAGAUUUGGCAUGGGUCCUCAGAUCCUCAACAAGUUCUACAGCUGCACCAUCGAGAGCAUUCUGACUGGUUGCAUCAUCGCCUGGUAUGGCAACUGCUCGGCCUCCGACCACAAGGCGCUACAGAGGGUAGUGCGUACGGCCCAGUACAUCACUGGGACCGAGCUUCCUGCCAUCCAGGACCUCUAUACCAGGCGGUGUCAGAGGAAGGCCCUAUAAGUGGUAAAAGACUCCAGCCACUCUAGUCAUAGACUGUUCUCUCUGCUACCGCAAGGCGAGCGGUACCGGAGCGCCAAGUCUAGUUCCAAAAGGCUUCUUAACAGCUUCUAGCCCCAAGCCAUAAGACUGCUGAACAGCUAAUCAAAUGGCUAACUGGACUAUUUGCAUUGACCCCCCCCCCCCCCCCCCCCCCUUUUUUUUAAACGCUGCUGCUACUCGCUGUUUAUUAUCUAUGCAUAGUCACUUUACCUCUACCUACAUGUACAUAUUACCUCUACUAACCUUUACCCCCGCACAUUGACUCGGUACAGGUACCCGCUGUAUAUGUUAUUGUUAUUUUAUUGUUGCUCUUUUAUUUUUUACUUUAGUUUAUUUAGUAAAUAUUUUUCUUAACUCUUAUUUUUCUUAAAACUGCAUUGUUGGUUAAGGGCUUGUAAGUAAGCAUUUCACGUUAAGGUCUACACCUGUUGGAUUCGGCGCAUGUGACAAAUAAAAUUUGAUUUGAUUUUGACAAAUCCUUCCCUCCCUUCCCCAGGUUCAGACCAGGAGCUCAUGAUCACCUGUGAGUUCUGCGGCCAGUUCUUUGACAGCCGCAAGGCCCUGUCCUGCCAUGCCCGCUCCCACCUGCGCCAGCUGGGAGUCAUGUGGUCUGUCAACGAGUCGCCCAUCGACCUGCUGAGAGACAUCCUGCUGAAAGAGGGCAGUGCCACCGCCACCCAGGUGAGUGUGUGUAUGUGUGCGGUCCAGUUGGCCACGGAGGUCAGAUCGGUAUCUCAUCAUGUGCUACCUACAUGCUGCGGUUGUGCCCUUGAGCAAAGCACUAAGGGGCGAAUCUUAACUUCUGCUUAAAGGGUAACUCUCAACCCCAAUUUCAGCCUUUGCAUUCAGGUGAGAAGUUGUGGGUGGGCGGAAUUUGCUCACCAUCAGAAAUAUUCAUUUUGGGGAUAGGUAAACGUAGUUGUACCUGAUCCAAACACUUUCUCACUAAAGCAUACUUACCAGAAGUCCACUGGCACGCUCUCAUAAUAGAAUUAUGUGCAUCGUAAGCAAAUAUGGCUCUGGACAGUUAGCUCACAGUGUAAUGCGCAGAGUUCCUGACAUCUAUUGUAAGUUCGAAUCCCCCGUGGGGCGCAAAAAAUUAUAUUUGAAAUGUGGAAUUGCAUUUAUUGUGUUGGGAAGAAAAGUGCAACCAUCACCUAGAAAAUGAAGAUUAGGGGUUCAAUUCAAUUCAACCCACAUUGCAGUAUUUACGCACUAGCUGUUUUUCCAAUGGUCAAAUUAACUCGCAGAUUGGUCUUGGGUACUGUAUAAAAACAGACUAUUACCAGGCGACCCCUCUCACAGGUUAACUUUUUUGAAUUAGAAGUGUGGGCACGAGAUGAAUAUAUAUACAGUACCAGUCAAAAGUUUGGACACACCUUACUCAUUCCAGGGUUUUUCUUUAUUUUUACUAUUUUCUACAUUGUAGAUUAAUAGUGAAGACAUCAAAACUAUGAAAUAACACAUAUGGAAUCAUGUAGUAACCAAAAAAGUGUUAAACAAAUCAAAAUAUAUUUGAGAUUCUUCAAAGUAGCCACCCUUUGCCUUGAUGACAGCUUUGCACACUAUUGGCAUUCUCUCAACCUGCUUCAUGAGGAAUGCUUUUCCAACAGUCUUGAAGGAAUUCCCACAUAUGCUGAGCACUUGUUGGCUGCUUUUCUUUCACUCUGCAGUCCAACUCAUCCCAAACCAUCUCAAUUGGGUUGAGGUCGGGUCAUUGUGGAGGCCAGGUCAUCUGAUGCAGCACUCCAUCACUCUCCUUCUUGGUCAAAUAGCCCUUACACAGCCUGGAGGUGUGUUUUGGGUCAUUGUCCUGUUGAAAAACAAAUGAUAGUCCCACUAAGCGCAAACCAGAUGGGAUGGUGUAUCGCUGCAGAAUGCUGUGGUAGCCAUGCUGGUUAAGUGUGCCUUGAAUUCUAAAUAAAUUACAGACAGUGUCUCCAGCAAAGCACCCCCACACCAUAACAUCUCCUCCUCCAUGCUUCACGGUGGGAACCACACAUGCAGAGAUCAUCCGUUCACCAACUCUGUGUCUCACAAAGACACGGCGGUUGGAACCAAGAAUCUCAAAUUUGGACUCAUCAGACCAAAGGACACAUUUCCACCGGUCUAAUGUCCAUUGCUUGUGUUUCUUGGCCCAAGCAAGUCUCUUCUUAUUAUUGGUGUCCUUUAGUAGUGGUUUCUUUGCAGCAAUUCAACCAUGAAGGCCUGAUUCACGAAGUAUCCUCUGAACAGUUGUUGUUGAGAUGUGUCUGUUACUUGAACUCUAAAGCAUUUAUUUGGGCUGCAAUCUGAGGCUGGUAACUCUAAUGAACUUGUCCUCUGUAGCAGAGGUAACUCUGGGUCUUCCUUUCCCGUGGCAGUCCUCAUGAGAGCCAGUUUCAUCAUAGCGCUUGAUGGUUUUUGCGACUGCACUUGAAGAAACGUUCAAAGUUCUUGACAUUUUCCGUAUUGACUGACCUACAUGUCUUAAAGUAAUGAUGGACUGUCAUUUCUCUUUGCUUAUUUGAGCUGUUCUUGCCAUAAUAUGUCACAACACAACUGAUUGGCUCAAACGCAUUAAGAAGGAAAGAAAUUCCACAAAAUAACGUUUAACAAGGCACACCUGUUAACUAAAAUGCAUUCCAGGUGACUACCUCAUGAAGCUGGUUGAGAGAAUGCCAAGAGUGUGCAAAACUGUCAUCAAGGCAAAGGGUGGCUACUUUGAAGAAUCUAAAAUCUAAAAUAUAUUUUGAUUUGUUUAACACUUUUUUGGUUACUACAUGAUUCCAUAUGUGUUAUCAUAGUUUUGAUGUCUUCACUAUUAUUCUACAAUGUAGAAAAUAGUAAAAAAUAAAGAAAAACCCUUGAAUGAGUAGGUGUAUAUCUGCCCUAUGUGGGAGAACUCACAACCAUUGGGCCAUGAGUCAACUGUUUUAGCUUUUGACAUGACCACCUUUGUCAUCUAUUUCUUGUUACAAUGGAUGUAGCUACGAAUAAAUCUGUAGAAUCCUCAUAGCUACAUGUUUUUUUGUCUUCGUAAAAGCACAUGGAUGUGUAUGAAACGGUAAGCAAAAACGUUGAAUUUGGUCAUAUGCGGAAAUGUGCCUUACUGCCUUUUGAAUUUUGUUUAAAGUCAGUAGUCUGGUCAACAAAAUAUAUUGGCACACUUCACUGGCAAAUAAGGCGCGCUGUCACCUGCUUUUAUAGUUAGCCUUGAGGUGGUACCACCCAGUACAUCUAGAAGGGAGUGGAUUUUAUACCUAACCCCUCCCUUGAGAUAACAGAGGCCCCUUUAACACGGUUUCAAUGGUAGAGUUGAACCACUAGGGGCAAAAAGAGCUCGAUUUUCUACUAAAAUACCAAAAUAUAUCACUUUUGCAACAAACUGUCAAAAUGAAGAUCAGAAUUGACGUGUUUCACUAUAACUAAACGUAAAACAUCAGGUUUUGUUUUUUAUUUUAAGUCGAUUGUUCAUAUAGUCAUGCAUUGGUGUCAAUGAUAGACAAAGUAUAAGUUAGGAUUCACCCCUUAACCCCCAAAUCUGCUCCAGGGGUGGAGCCUGUCUUGUGUGUUUGUGUGUGGUGUGACAGAUUAAAAUAAAAUUGUAUUUGUCACGUGCCGAAUACAACAGGUGUAGACCUUACUGUGAAAUGCUUACUUGCGAGAACUUAACCAACAAUGCAGUUUUUUAAAAGUAAGUAAAAAACAUUUGCUAAAUAAACUAUAGGAAAAAUAGUAACACAAAAAAAUAACAACGAGGCUAUAUACAAGGGCUACCGGUACCGAGUCAAAGUGCAGGGGUACGGGUUAGUUGAGGUAAUUGAGGUAAUAUGCACAUGUAGGUAGGGGUAAAGUGACUAUGCAUAGAAAAUAAACAGAGAGUAGCAGCGUGUGUGUGUGUUUGGCGUCAAUAUGCAUGUGUGUGUAUGUCCGUGUGUGUUGGAGUGUCUGUGUAGUAUGUGUGAGUGUGUCGUUUGAGUCCAGUGAGUGUACAUCGAGCCUGUGCAAGAGAGUCAGUGCAAUUUAAAAAAAGAAAUACGAAUAAAAUAAGGGGUCAAUGCAAAUAGUCCAGUUAGCCAUUUGAUUAACUGUUCAGCAGUUUUAUGGCUUGGGGGUAGAAGCUGUUAAGGAGCCUUUUGGUCCCAGACUUGGCGCUCCGGUACGGCUUGUAGAAAGAACAGUCUAUGACUUGGGUGGCUGGAGUCUGACCAUUUUUAGGGCCUUCCUCUGAUUCAGGGCUGUGACAGGAAAAAACCUGUGCAAAUGGAUCAAUAAAGAUGUAUUGUGUUGUAGGUCAAGAGGGAGCCAGCGUCCACUCACUCCAGUGCCAGCCCGGCCUGGGCCAAUCACAGGCGGUUCUCUGAGCCUUCGUGGGCUCCCCAGGGCUCUAAGAGGACGUUCACUCCUCCACUGGACUACUCCCUCAACGACAAGCCUUCCCCUGAUAAGAAUGGGUCCUCCCAGUCUGGUAAACUAACAGUGCUAACGCCUGAUUAAAGCCCAGUGGAUCUCAGCCAGGUUAUUUGUGGCAGGCAACUGUUUUCCAUUGCAGCUGUGUUAUAUGAUGGCAAUUGUAUUUAGCAGAUGCUCUUGCCAAAGGUGACUGAUCCCAUUAUUAGUAAAAAUAAAUCAAAAUCAACUAGGUAACCUGCCUAGUAAUUAGUGCUGAAAUAGAAACGUUUAUCACGUGAAAAGUUCCAACUGUCAAACUUCUGUUUUUAACCGCCAUGUCCUCUUCUCUCCUUCCAGCAGGGGAUGCGUGCUGCGAGCUGUGUGGCUUUGACUUUGAGAACCGCACGGCGCUGGCGAGCCACGCACGGGCCCACCUCCGCCAGCUGGGGGUUAAGGAGUGGAGGGUAGAGGGUGUGAAGGCCUCCCCCAUUGAGUUGCUCAGCGCCUGGAUCCAGAGGCAGCCACGUAAGGCCGCGGAGAUCCACCGCCAGUACCGCGACGGUGACCUCAACAUCAGGUUUAAGGUGAGUGUUACAUCUUCUAUUACAAACUGGGUGGUUCGAGCCCUGAAUGCUGAUUGGCUGAUAGUCGUGGUAUAUCAGACCGUAUACCACCGGUAUGACAAAACAUUUAUUUUUACUGCUUUAAUUACAUUUGUAAACAGUUUAUAAUAGCAAUAUGGUACCUUGGGGGUUUGUGAUAUAUGGCCAAUAUUCCACGGCUAAGGGCUGUGUCCAGGCACUCAGCGUUGCGUCGUGCUUAAGAACAGCCCUUAGCCGUGGUAUAUCGGCCUUAUACCACACCCCCUCGGGCCUUAUUGCUUAAGUAUAGCGCCCAUUAGGUUUGGAUCUAAUUGCUCUGUGGCAGUGGGGCUGCUCACACCCAGUCUUGGAUUAAAAGCAAGUGACAAUCACAUGCCCUCAGGUGCAUGGCGUUUAGGCACUUUCCAGCUGCUUAGUUCUGUGGCAGGAGUGCUUCAACUCUCAGUCUCGGAGAGCAGCUGGGUUUCGUCCUCGCUUUUCCAGUAGCUGAGGCUUGGGGAGACUAGAUGAGUAGACGCGUUCUCUGACCAGUUAUUGAUUUAAAUUGAGAAGAAAAGCAGCAGAUUGACAUCAAUAGAAUAGCCGUGCUCUGUAGUUGCUAACAUCCAAGUCUCUAUGUGUACUGUAUGCUAUUUCUACAACCAAUCCAGGUGAAUGUAGAUGAUCCUGUCCAACUUAGACGAGAAACUAUUUCACCAACACUUGUUUUCUUUCCCCCCUUCCAGAGGAAAGCCCCGUCCCACUCUCCCGCCACAGACUCAGGCUUCUUCCCCUCGGGAGCCCAGAGGACUGCGGCUGCGGGGCUGCAGCUGGGGCGCAGGGCGGGACGAGAGGUGGCCAGGGUCGCCGGGGGGUUGUCCAGGACAGCUCAGGGUCAAAGGUCACAGGGGGAGACGGGACACUCGUCACAUCACCAUCAUACCGUCGCUCAUACGCAGUCCCAGGGGGCUAGAGGAGACUUCAACCACAUACGCUCUCCUAGAGGUGAAAGAUGGAAACGGACGCAAAUGUGCAUGUACACACACACCCUAUAGUCAUUUCUACCUGUAAGCCCUCUGAUAAAACCAACGUUGAGCUAUGCUAGACUGAUUUUUAAAGCCCUUCCCAUCCUGUCUGUGCCAGGUUUUGAGCGGCGGGUCCCUAAACACACCGCCCAUACGGAGGGAGCAGAGGUAGACGGCAGCUCUCAACAACCCUCCCGGUCAGGAAACAUCCCUUCCCUGGUUCCCAGGCCUCCCUCCACUCCUCUGGUCAAACAAGUGGGCAAAGAGUACACCCUCAAGUGCAGGUGAGUUGGUUGCCAAAAUGCUGAUAGUUCAAUGUACGCUGAACUCACAGACUGCCUGAGGUCACACACUUGUAGGAUUUAUUAUUGGCAUCGUAAGAGGGUCUAUGCACUACAGGUUUUGAUACUUCCACAAUGUUUCAUAGAAAGUGGUUUAAGCACUGGUCUGUUUGUAUAUUCAUAUUAACAACCCUUCUCACUCUUGCUUUCUGUUCUAUUCCAUCCCUCAGGUUCUGUGAGGCAGUGUUCCAUGGAUCUCAGUCAGUACAGGAGGACUGGAUCAGACACCUGCAGCAACACAUCCUGGACCUCCGCUUCAACAAGGCCUCUCCUCCCCCCACCCCUGGCCCAGAACGGCCCCUGGUCCCGGGCAUCGAACCCUCAGCCAUCCCCCCUACCACCACCCCUGUCUUUCUGGCACCACUAGCUGUUUAAAUGGUCCACUACAACGGCUACACUCACUGCAUUUUUCUUAUUACCACUCAGUUGGAUUGUCUUAUCUGUUGUUCAUGUAUUUGUUUUCUUCAAAGGACUGUUGAAGUCAGUGUACAAUGUGGCAAAAACACUACUAAUAAGGUGCGUGUGGGGGACUAUGCGUUUGUUUAUUUAUUCAGCGUUGAAGAAAUGACUCGGUAUGAAUGAUAACAGCACAAAGUGGAUAUACUGUGUCACUAGUCUUGUCCACCAGCUGGCUCUCUCUCUAGCUGUUAGCCUGGGGACGAGGUUACUGGAGUACAGACAUAGCUGUACCAGCCUCAUAUCAACUCUAGAGGGCCUACUUGGGCCAUUUGAAGAAGUCUACUUUCAGUAACUGUACUCUUGCUGGGGUAACUUGGACAUGAGGGGUCAAACAAACUAACAUCCAUUCAUCAUGUCAGUCACACCACGUAGUAGUCUAGCAAUUGUUACAUUCCAGAUCUUUAUUGUGAUGUUUAUUGCACAUUGUUUUCAUAGAAACCUAAAUUCAUAGUAGUCUGUAUGACUUUGGAUGGAAUGGAUUUCCAUAGACUGUAGUCAGUGAUGUCACUGAAGAAGUAAGGCAAAGCCUGUUCUAGCAUUAAAUACAUUCCCCUUGUUUCAACUGUUUCAAAGCAGUGUGUUAUUAUAGGUUGCAUUGCAAAAUAGCAGGGAAGGAAGCAUGUUCAGCUUUGAAUUAUGGUCUGAAAUGUAUUUCCCUAAUGUACAGGAAUUUGUAUUUACUUUUUUAUGAAUUAUGUUUUAAAAUGUAGAAAUGUUUUCUGAAGUAAAGAAAUAUAGACAAGGUUUUAUAUUUGUCUUGAAUUCUUCUGUAAUGAGUGGUUUGCAAGGCCGCGGAGCCAGACAGAAUUCCAGGACGCGUACUCCGAGCAUGCGCUGACCA